GCGACUUCUGAGGCGCCGAGCGAGUUCCAGUCAGAAGCGUGGCGGCCGCACUCUGACAGGACACGCUCUGCGGCGCCCGGGCUCCCCUGACUGCUGUCCCGGCGUCAUGAGCGCCCAGAGUUCCCCGGAACACAGACCGGAGGAGGAGAAGGAGGAGGACUCCGCGGGAGCAGGGCCGCCGCCCAAGGUCAAAGAUGCUUUCAAGGACAUUUCCAGAUACUUCUCCAAGGAAGAAUGGGCCAAGAUGGGAGAGUUCGAGAAGAAACGCUACAGGAAUGUGAAAAACAACUACAGUACGAUGCUUUCUAUAGGUCUCAAAGCCCGCCGGCCAGCUUUCAUGUGUCGCCGAAGGCGAACCAGCACCACCAACCCCCCCGUGGGUGACUCUGACGAUUCCGAUGAAGAGUGGACACCUCGGCAGCCAGUCAAACCUCCUUGGGUGGCCUUGCGAGUGGAGCAGAGUAAACACCGGAAGGGGCUGCCCCGGGCGCUGCUGAAUAGUGAACCUCGUCCGAAGGGACCGCCAGGGACAGCAAGUUUACAGGACACAGGCGGCCCGGACAGGACCCAGACACCAGCAUCCUGUCCCGGAGAAGCGAGAGACUCCGGACAGCACUCUCGACGAAAACUGGAAGCCAGGGGGAAGAGGGUCGCACCGAAGAUGUACAGCCUGCGGGAGAGAAAGUGUCACACGUACCAAGAGGUCAGCGAGCCCCAGGACGACGACUACCUGUACUGUGAGAAGUGCAAGAACUACUUCCUGGAGAGCUGCCCCGCGCACGGGCCCCCUGCAUUUGUAAAGGACAGCGCCGUGGGCCAGGGGCCUUGCGAGCGCGCCCUGCUCAGCCUGCCGCCCGGCCUGCGCAUAUGGAAACUGUCCCCUCCCGACACUCAGAUCACGAAGGGCAGACACUGCUACGAGUACGUGGACGGCAAGGACACAUCCCGGGCCAACUGGAUGAGGUACGUGAACUGUGCCCGGGACGAGGAGGAGCAGAACCUCGUGGCCUUUCAGUACCACAGGCAGAUCUUCUACCGCACCUGCCAGGCCAUCCGGCCGGGCAGCGAGCUGUUUGUCUGGUAUGGCAACGAGUACGGCGAGGAGCUCGGCAUCAAAUGGGGCAGCAAGUGGAAGAAGCAGCGUGCGGCAGGGACAGGGCCCAAGGCGGAGGUCCACCCUUGUCCCUCCUGCUCCCUGGCCUUCUCCAGCCAGCGAUUCCUCAGUCAACACGUGAAACGCAGUCACCCCUCUCAGAUCUGCCCGGGAACGCCUGUGAGAAAAAACCCCAAAACGGAGAGUCCCCACCUGGAGGACCAUCGGCAAGAGUCCGACCCACGCAGCCGCCGGAAGGACGAAGGUGGAGGGCCGGAGGUGCCGGGCAGGCCCAGCCCUGCGCGUCGCAGGACGAGGCAGAGGGGGGUUUCGAGGGCCUCGCGCAGCCCACCCGAAGGACAAGCGGGGGGCUCCAGGGCCGGUGAGGCAGGGGUGGAAGAGGGGCUCGGGACGGGCCAGGGAGGGGGUCCAGGGGACACAGGCUCACCCUGUCCCCCAGGGGGCGGCUCCCUUAGUGCGGGAGGCGAGCGUGGAGAGGGUGCGCGAGGCCUCGGUGAUGGCGCACCUGUCAGCGGGCGCCGGGGCCCAGGAGCAGGGGAGAAGCCCCACGUGUGCAGGGAGUGUGGGCGAGGGUUUAGCCGUAAGUCACUUCUUAUCCAGCACCUGCGGACACACACGGGGGAGAAGCCCUACGUGUGCAGGGAGUGUGGGCGAGGGUUUAGCCAAAAGCCAGAUCUUAUCCGGCACCUGCGGACACACACGGGGGAGAAGCCCUACGUGUGCAGGGAGUGUGGGCGAGGGUUUAGCCAAAAGCCAGAUCUUAUCCGGCACCUGCGGACACACACGGGGGAGAAGCCCUAUGUGUGCAGGGAGUGUGGGCGAGGAUUUAGCCGUAGGUCACUUCUCACCGGGCACCAGCGGACACACACGGGGGAAAAGCCCUCUGUGUGCAGGGAGUGUGGGCGAGGAUUUAGCCGUAGGUCACUUCUCACCGGGCACCAGCGGACACACACGGGGGAAAAGCCCUCUGUGUGCAGGGAGUGUGGGCGAGGAUUUAGCCGUAGGUCACUUCUCACCGGGCACCAGCGGACACACACGGGGGAAAAGCCCUCUGUGUGCAGGGAGUGUGGGCGAGGAUUUAGCCGUAGGUCACUUCUCACCGGGCACCAGCGGACACACACGGGGGAAAAGCCCUCUGUGUGCAGGGAGUGUGGGCGAGGAUUUAGCCGUAGGUCACUUCUCACCGGGCACCAGCGGACACACACGGGGGAGAAGCCCUACGUGUGCAGGGAGUGUGGGCGAGGGUUUAGCCUUAAGUCAUCCCUUACCCUGCACCAGCGGACACACACGGGGGAGAAGCCCUACGUGUGCAGGGAGUGUGGGCAAGGAUUUAGCCGUAGGUCACUUCUUAUCGGGCACCAGCGGACACACACAGGGGAGAAGCCCUACGUGUGCAGGGAGUGUGGGCGAGGGUUUGGCCAAAAGCCAAAUCUUAUCCGGCACCUGCAGACACACAAGGGUGAGGGCCCAUUUUUGCAGGAAGAGUAAGUCACUAGCAGUACAACCACACCCCAGCGGUCACAGAGACACUGGCAGCCACUGCACACCCCACACCUCAGAUCUGAGGAGCCCACUGGCCCCUCCUUUCCCCCAGAGUGUAAAGGGACCAGAAGUUGUACAAAUCCCCCAUGUUCCUCAAGAGAGAUGAGGUAGAAGAGCGGGGAUGGUUCCUUAUGUGUUCACGGGUUUUUCACUUGUUCUGCUCAGUGAUUCCAUCCAUGGAUUUCUUUGUCCUCCUGUUCUAAUAAAAUUUUCUGCCUAUGAGUCUGAACACCAGGCCACAUCCUUCAUUGCUCCCCAGUCACCAACGGCAGAGGAGUCCAGGAGGGCCUCAGGGAACUCACACUCAGCUCGGGGCUUCACAGGAGAUCAACCCUGAGAGGACCCUAGCGUGGCAUCACUCUGCUUAAGUGACUGCAGAAUCCGUUCUCAGGGC